AUCAAGAUAAUGAUGAUUACAACUUAAGAAAUUCGAGUUAAUAUUCGUAUUAAAAAGAAUCAUUUUGGGACGGUUUUCAAUGUUUUGUACUCGGUAGUACAGACACCUGGAACCGUGCUCACAGAAUUUCCGUGUUGAUUGUUGACUAGACGCUAUUGUUAAAACAAAAUUUAACGCGAAAAUACCUACCACCUAUUCAACACUCAAUGCAUUAGAACACUGAACAAUGUGGUCCGAUACAUUUCUCAUCGUAUUUAUUUCAAUUUGUACGGCUCUAUUAGGAGAAGGCUUAACAUGGUUAUUAGUAUAUCGAACAGAAAAAUAUCAAAAGCUGAAAGUAGAAAUUGAAAAAUCUAGUAAAAAACUUGAAAAACGUAAAGAAGCUCAUGGAGAUUCUGUCGACAAACAACAAAAGAAAAAGAUUGAACGUGUUGAGGAAAAACUUAAAAUUAACAAUCGUGAUUUAUCAAUGGUAAAAAUGAAGUCUAUGUUUGCCAUUGGUUUUGCAUUCACAGCAUUAUUGAGCAUGUUCAAUAGCAUAUUUGACGGACGUGUUGUAGCAAGAUUACCUUUUACACCCAUUUCCUGGGUUCAGGGAUUAUCACACAGAAAUUUACCAGGUGAUAAUUACACAGAAUGUUCAUUUAUUUUCCUGUAUAUAUUGUGUACCAUGUCAAUUCGUCAAAAUAUUCAAAAACUAUUAGGAUUUGCUCCAUCAAGAAUGGCUAAUAAACAAAGCGGCGGCUUAUUUGGACCUCAACCUCAACAAUUUAAAUAAAUUUAUUUGAACAUAAAAAAUUAGUAUUAAUAUAAAAGACUAAUUUAUGUUUUUUUUUUUGUAAUACAAAAAAAAAAUAAUGAAAUUAUAUUUGUACUUUUAUAAGUUUUUGUAAGAUGUUAUAAAAUAUUAUUAGUUAAAUGCAACUAAAUAAUGUAUAAUUUCAUAUUUGAUAUUAAAUAUCAAUAAUUAAAAUAUGAAUAUGCAAUAUUUACCAUACUUUAUUCAUUAUCAAAUUGCAUGUAAAUGUUAUGAUUCUAUUGACUAUUAAAUGUCUGAAAUGCCUUGUUCAUGAUGAUAAAUAGUGAAGUGUAUGAUAACAAAAUAUGAUAUUUGUAUAACUACUUAAUAUUCCGUUUAAAGUUAAUUGAGAAUUUUUAAAUAUGCGAGAAGAAAAAAGUACAAUCAGUGAUUGAAUACCUAUUACAUUAAUUAACUAUUACAGUGAAUUUGUGAUACAUAAACAUAAUUACUAGUCAAGUUUACUAUGGUUACUUCUCGAUUGAAAAUUGAUUAGGAAAUAAACAAAAAUUGUGAAUGUA